UUUAUCAUAUUUAGUCAAUUUAUACUGAUUUCAAUUUCUAAUCCAAAUCCAAUGUUCUUAUUAAAUUAUGUUGCUAUUGCAGGUCGAAAUUUGACAGUUGAUAACCUCAAGCAGAAACUUGAACCAUAUAUUAUUGACACAGAAAACCAACUUUGUGAAUCACUGCAUGGUUCUUCAAUUCUUCCUGAUGAUGUUUUGGAUAUUUCAAUGUAUUUAAAAUUUGUAAACUGUGAGAAUGAAAUCAAGCAGUUGAUGGAAAACAUGAAAAAUCUUUAUGAUCUUAUUGAAAAUCUCAAAAGUUAUGCAGAACCAAAGAAACAAAUUGUGUUUCCUGUCACUGUAGGAACAUCAGGGAAGGGGAAGACUACAUUUGCAAGAAAGGCAUAUGAAAACAAAGAUCUUUAUAUUAAAGUUAUAUCAAAUGAACUUGAAAUGAUUUUGGAUGAUUGCUUAGAUAAUGAUCGAUUUUUCCAGAUUUCAUGUAAUGAUAUGAAUAUUGAUGAGUUAAAAAACCUUGAAAUGGUUGAAACAUUAUUUGGAAGAAGACUACUUUAUGAAGCUUUGAAGUAUCAUCUGAAAGGGAUUGAAAAUUUUGAAGAAUUUUGUGAAGUUAUAGGAAAGGAUUUGAUCUCUCUACGUGAAGUUUUGAAAAUAAUCUUAAUUUACAAGCCAAGGACUCAUGCAAGUUCUUUAUUCAAUUCAAUUCCAUCUUCUAGUGCCUGUAUUCAAGAAAUAUCAUUACCAUUACUAACUUCAGAACAUGCACAAGAGGUGAUCUUAGAUUUAGCAAAUCGGACUUACAAGACUAAAUAUUUUAUCACAAAAAGCAGGAAGAUUAAGGAAAUUUCUCCAAAUCUAAAACAUAUAAUCAAUCUUCUUGGUGUUGUUGGUCGUUACCUAGAAAUUCUGAUAUUUGAAAUGGCUAUUAUUGGCUUUAGUGUCAAGUCUAAUAAAAAUACACUUGUAACAAGGUUUUAUCAUCAAGGAUAUCAUCAUUUUUUGGAAUUUUGUCAAUACAAUCAUGAUUAUUGUACAACACUCCUUGGAAGAGUGAAAGAUAAAUUGAGUAGAUCUUAUUCACAUUACUACAAUGCAUACACAUCAUCAGAUAAUAUUGAAAUUAUACCUCAGUUAGUUGCAUAUACUUUAUUUGGGUGGGAAGUUACUCGGACAACCACAUUGGGAAAAAGAAAGAUUGAGGAUUUGGAAAUGGAUGAACUGAUUUUUCUGAACAAAAAAAAGCUAGUACUUCCAUUUCUCACUUUACAGCAAGUCUAUCAUAAUUUAGAUCAAACCAAGCUACCAGCAAUCAAACUUCUCCAUUCUGUAGAAAAUACACUUUCAUCAGAUGAAAAUGAGAAAUUGACAUUAUCAGUAAUGGUUUUUCGUCUUUGGGGGUUAUAUUGUAAAUCUAUUAGUGAUAAAAAAGUGACUGAAGGUCAAAGAGGGAAAUGUAGACUUUCUGAAUUGGUUCCAUUGGAAGGACAAUCAGAUAAAUAUAUUGAAUUUGAACCUAAGUUUGUUGUGCAUUCAACACCCUACAGAGUUGAUAAAGACCAUUGGAAUCAAUUUUUUAAUGAUUAUACUAAAGAAUUUAAAGAAAGGUGUAUUGCUUUCCACAACCUGCCAAAUGCCUCCUUUUCAGAUGGGAUAAUGAUGACAAAUCCACCUAUAUUUAUUCAAGACAAGCAAGAAGUUAUUAGUCAAAAAAAAGAAAUUAUUGGAUGUUCACCAAAUAUCCUGGGUAAAGGAGUUGUAAAGUCUGAACAUAAAAAGUUGUUAGAUGCAAAUGUUGGAGAGCAUAUCUUUAUUUUAAUCACUGAUGCUCAUGCACGUGAUGAUGAGUCUUAUGAUUGUAAUGAAAUUGUGAUAACAUCAGAAAAUAGAGAGGAUUUUUAUGGAGAUAUUUUAGCAAAAAUGAAAUUGUAUUGUAUUGGACAAAGUCAAUUAUUACCAAUGAUAUUGGAUCUAUGUCCCAAAAGAGAUAAUCCUGAGUUUCAGGUGUUAAAUAGAUUAAAUGGAAAUGUGGUUGAAAUUAGCUACACAGUUAAGAAAAUACUUUUUAAAGAACAAGAUGCUAAUCACUUAAAACAUAUUUACAAGAUACUGAAA